AAACAAAGGCUAUGCUCUGAAGGUUGGUCUGCUGACAAAUUCAGAAUAACUGGUUGAGACAUUUGCUGUGCAGCAUUAGGAAUGGACAGUCUGCUUAAACAACUAAGGGUAAAGUUUUCUGAUGAAAACCAGAAAGAUUCAUACACUGCCCAGGAAGGAAGAAUACCGCCCUUCAAGAAAGAGAGGAAAAAGGCAACAUCCUGGUACCGACGAUCGUUCUCCAGCCAAAAGGACGAGGAAGAUGAUUCUGCUGAUCUUGAGUUUGGGGCAGCCAUUGCAGCUGCUGCAUACGCUAUCAUGUUGGAGGAAGAAAAGGGACUCUUAGGCAAGAAGAAAAGUGAUGAGCUUGAAAGCUCCCUUACCAAGACCAAAAGCUGGAAGGAGGAUAGAAUAAACAGGUCAACAGACAAAAGAAAACUUUCGAGAUGGUUCAGUGCCAAGGAAGAAGAAGAAGAAGAAGAAGAUGGCAGAGUAGCAGGUGAUAGUUUCAAGAGAAAGUUAUCAGCAUUAGAUGAAAGAAUGAAACAGAAAUCUGCUGCAAAUCUGAAGGAAAAGACAAUGAGUUCAACUCCAAGCGUUAAAAAGACUCCACACACAAAAAAACUCGUGCCACCAUAUUCUAGCUAUGGAUUUCCUGAUGGGGAUAGAACUCAGUCAACAAACGGCCUAAAAAACGCAAACCUUUGGGAGCAGGCAAAAAUGGAGAAAAUAAGGAAAAGGCACGAAAAGAUGAACAAAACAAUUUUGCAAUGGGAGAAUGAGAAGAAGGUGAAAGCCAAACGACGAAUGGAAAGAAAAGAGAGGAAAUUGGAAAUGAGGCGCACUCGAAUAUUACAAGAAUUCCGUGAAGAAAUGAAAAGGAUCGACAUGAUUGCUUCUGGAGCAAGAGCAGUGGCAGAUGAUACAAAACGAAAAGAUGAAUUAAUGACAAAGGAGAAAGCAAUAAAGAUGCAGUCAGCCAUGAAAAUACGCCAUAAAUGUUUCUGUUUCUGAUUUAAAUUCACAAAACAAUGGUUUUCUUCAAAUUUCAUUGUAAAAAUUACUUACUGCGACAAACAUUUCG